CCAGGCGUCACAUCACCGACAAGAUGGCCGAGACUACGGGACGAAAGUGAGGGAGGAAACAAAAACACUGGCGAGCUAUCCUUGCUGCAGAUGCCAGACCUGUAGAUCUUACUGGAGACAAGUUAGUGCAGAGGUAGAAGCUGGGUUUGUCCGAGGCUCCGUUUUUGCGGGUGACUUGUGCGGUGCACACGGAUUGUGCUCCGAGCAGCUCGCUGACGGAACGUUUGUCAGGUCGCCUGCGUUGGCUAGCGAGCUAACCCGCUAACAUGUUAGCUAGCUGACAACAUCGUUAGCGAGAGAAUCCGCUUUCAGAAAGUGACGGGAUAAUGUCGGAAUGAAUAGUUGUUGCUAAGUCCUCGUCUCCGAGAACUACAAUUAGUCACUUCUCCGGGGGAGAGAUUGAAUUUAAGGCACUGGUUAACCCUUAGCCAGCUGGCUAGCAAGCUAACAUUGCGGAUUUCUUGGAGUUAGCAUUAGCAGACGUCCGUUAGCUUGCUCAGCUGUUUCAGGGGGAGUUCAGGUUGUUCCGACACGGGAAAGGCACGCUGGUGUGUGAACGAAGGACCAUUUUUUCCCUCUCUGGCUCGGUUCGCAGCAGACCUGGGUCACCAGGUGUCCCCCAGGAUUGCUAACAGUGACUGGACCAGCGCCGGGACUGUAAACAUAAGCCGAGCACAUCUCAGCGCUGCGUCGUCGGACGAGGCGCAAAUCCAGUCUGCGUCGCCAUGGCCCAUUCUCCCGUCCAGGGUAACCUGCCGGGGAUGCAGAAUGCCAGAGUGGACCCAGAGGAGCUGUUCACAAAGCUGGAGCGCAUUGGCAAAGGCUCGUUUGGCGAGGUGUUCAAAGGCAUCGACAAUCGCACACAGAAGGUAGUGGCCAUUAAGAUCAUAGACCUGGAGGAGGCAGAGGACGAGAUCGAAGACAUCCAGCAGGAGAUCACCGUACUCAGCCAGUGCGACAGCCCCUUUGUCACCAAGUACUACGGCUCAUACCUGAAGGACACAAAGCUAUGGAUCAUCAUGGAGUAUUUAGGUGGAGGCUCAGCAUUAGAUCUGAUGGAGCCUGGAGCUCUGGAUGAGACCCAGAUCGCUACAAUCCUGAGAGAGAUCCUUAAGGGCUUGGAGUACCUGCACUCUGAGAAGAAGAUCCACAGAGAUAUCAAAGCCGCCAACGUGCUGCUGUCCGAGCAAGGAGAGGUGAAGCUGGCAGACUUCGGCGUGGCCGGCCAGCUCACUGACACCCAGAUCAAACGCAACACCUUUGUGGGCACGCCCUUCUGGAUGGCCCCCGAGGUCAUCAAACAGUCGGCCUACGACUCCAAGGCAGAUAUCUGGUCUCUGGGCAUCACAGCUAUCGAGCUGGCGAAAGGCGAGCCGCCCCACUCAGAGCUCCAUCCCAUGAAGGUUUUAUUCCUCAUCCCAAAGAACAACCCGCCCACACUGGAGGGAAACUACAGCAAACCGCUCAAGGAGUUUGUGGAGGCCUGCCUCAACAAAGAGCCCAGUUUUAGGCCGACUGCCAAAGAGCUGCUGAAGCAUAAACUGAUAGUUCGCCAUGCGAAAAAGACCUCCUACCUGACCGAGCUGGUUGACAAGUACAAGAGGUGGAAGGCAGAGCAGUCCAGAACCACAGAGUCCAGUUCCGAUGAGUCAGACUCAGAGCAGGACGGCCAGGCGUCGGGCGGGAACGACUUUGGCAGUGACGACUGGAUCUUCACCAUCCGAGAGAAGGACCCCAAGAAGCUACAGAACGGAGAGGGGCAGUCAGGGGCAACAGACCAGACGAAAGACAUUCCAAAGAGGCCUUAUUCACAGAGCCUGGCCACAGUCAUCUCUCCUGCAUUAGCUGAGCUUAAGGCGCGACAGGAGCAGGUGAACGGGAACCCUUUAGUCCUGGAUGAGCUGAGGGAGGCCAUCCUGCUGGCCGAGGAGGCCUACCCUGGCAUCUCCGACUCCCUGGUGGCUCACAUGGUGCACCGGCUCCAGAGUUUCUCCACAAGCAGGACGUCCUCCUCCUCCCCCUAGUGAUUGGCUCUCUGCCCCAGCCCAGCUCUCCCAGGCCCCCCCCCAAACCAACACCACAGCCAGGCCAGAGGGUUAAAAGUCAGGGGUUAAGUCAUUCAAUACCAGCUGACUGCAUUCGACCUCCCGCGUGGGGAGGGAGAGGGGGGGUACUAAACCUAGCCUGUACAAAUUACUGAACUCCAAAGCGGAGGAGAAAAGAGAAACUCCGGAGAGCCUCAGGAGGAGAAGUUGAAAAGGCCGUGACGGGACAAAGUCGGAGCCAGAAAAACGGCAACCGCCAAGUCAGACUCUGAGCUCCGUACACGAGAGACUCCUCAUAGAAUCUGCUCGACGAAGGAGCCCGAAAAUCUCCCCUGAAAUCCACGGCAAGACUUCAGUCCCCCCUCUUAAUGCAGGCCUCAUAUCCCCAGAACCUCUGAAAGCAUGCUUGAUGAACCUGCAGGGAUAUUAUCUUCGUGUGCGAGCUGUGUGUGGGCAUCCGUGAGUGUGUGCGUAUGUUCGACUCCCUGUUUAGGCAAAUUGCAGCAUUCUUAACGAAACCUCAGGUAAAGUGCUUUAAGUGGACUUGGUCCUCCGAGGCAGUGGGAGGGGAGGGGGGCUCGCCAUGCUGUACAUGAUUACAAGUUGUCAUUGCGAGGAAAUGAAUCACUGUGUACAAAAUGGUCAUGCGCAUUUUGUAGAUACUGAUAAUGUUUAAAAGUAGAUAUUUAAAGAUCUUCAAAAGUUAGUCGGAGAGAGAAAGGAACAGAAAAUGCCUUGCCUUUUCGAGAUGCACACGUCUGCAUUCUGGCAUUUCAUCCGAGAUUUAGUUAGUUUUCUUUUACUCGUCGGUGAGUGAGAUUCAUCAGUGUUUGAGUUCCAAUCUCCCAUUUCAAUCAUCAGACUAACUACGAUACUAAACUUACUUUGUUUAGAGCCAGAAGCGUUUCCUUUGUUUUAGUAGUUGACGGGGAGAGCCGCUUCCCACGCUUAUGUUUAGACAAUUAUCAGUUUUUAAAUUGUGUAGGUCAAGAAUGAAGGUAGAGGACAAUUAACGAGGAGGAACGCCGAUAUCGUGAAGUAUUAUUUCUCCUUAGCAGUGCUUAGAAACUAAAGUAAAGGCGCUGAAUAAAGUGGCAAGGACCAUAGAAGGCAAUCAUGUUAUGACACUUUGCUCACGGCCAAAUGAGACGAGCUGCAGAAUCCAACGCCAUCCUUAUUAUCCACACAUUUCUGUUCUCACUUCCACACCGUGCUAUAGAAGUGCCAUGUCCUCUUUUAUGCUUUCACCAGAUAUUUCUAGUAUGAUUUGCACCUUUUUUUUUUUUGUUCUAAUUUUCAGAUCAGUUUUUUGCACUUUGAAAGUGUGUCGAGUAUUUAAAGAAACUUGUAAGAGGAAAAAAAAGAAAAAAACAAACCGAAAAAUGUCGCUAAUAGCCAUGUUUUACUAUAUAUGUUUACUUAAGAGUUCCAGAAUUUACUACUGUGCUAAUGCAGCAAUAAUGUUGAGGAGUUGCAUCAAGACGCACUUGUCAACACAGGGAUUGAAAGAAAUUAAGAAAUAUCUGAUAUUUUUGUAACCGCAAAGAGUUGAGUAUGGAAAUAUGGAAUGCUUUAUGGAUAUGGGCACCUGCCUCUGGCAAAAAAAAAUAAAAAAUCUAUACCUUACAGAAAAACAUAUGCUACGGAAAUAACUACAAAAAUGUGUACAUUUGGUCUCCUUUAUCAUAGCUGACAGUUUAUAGUACUGUAUAUAAUCUUUGCUUGUGUCAUUUGAGAACUCCCAAUUUAAAUGUAAGCUCCUUGUAAGCUUUCAAAGUGACAUGAGAAAUAAAGAUCUAAUGCUAACUGAGAA